CUCAUCGCCUCAAAGUCUCCAGAUUGUUUACCCACUGCACCACCCCCUCCCCCCCUUACGACCUGUCACUCUACUCAUCGCACAUCCCAUCCCACUCUCCCAACUCCUUGCACCAACACCACCCCCCUCCAUUGACCCUCACCCUCCACCCCCCACCGACCGACCGCGGUCGGGGUCCCUCUCACCGACCUAAAACCACACCACCUUCAACCAACACAAUGGCUUCCUCACAACCCUUCGGCACGCGCUCCUACGCCUCGGGCAAACUCCCCGAUCGAUCUAUCAACGCCAACGCCCUUCCCUUCAGCGCCUCCUCCUUCUCGCGACACCGCAGUCUCGCCGGCGCGCCCGGCGCUCCCACGGCCGGCGACUUCGCCGACCCCAAAGCCAGCCAACAGGCACCAGGUCCAUCGCAAGCACCACCGCAACCACCGAUGCAUUCACAACCCCAACAAGACACGAAUCCCUUGAACCGAUUGACAGAAGAGCAACGCGAAGAGAUCAACGAAGCUUUCACCCUCUUCGACCUCGACCGUGACCGCCAUCUCGACUACCACGAACUUCGCGUCGCCUUCCGCGCAUUAGGCUUCACCCUCCCCAAACAAGAGCUCAUCUCCCUCCUAACCACCUACGGCGUUCCGCGUCCCCAAGUCCAACAACAACAACAGAACCCUUCCGCAGGCGGCAACCCUCCCCCACCCCAGCAACAACAAAACCGCGCAGCAGCUACUACGAACCCUCAACACCCGAGUAAUCUGCUCAUGCCACUAUCGGCCUUCCAGGCCGUCACGGCGCUGAAGAUACUGGAGCGGGAUCCACGCGACGAGAUCCUGCGCGCGUUCGAACUCUUCGAUGAAGGUGGAAAGGGGUACAUUGAUUUGGAAGAUUUGAGGCGCGUGGCGAGGGAGUUGGGUGAGACGGGACUCGAGGAGGAGGAACUGAGGGCUAUGAUUGAGGAGUUUGAUUUGGAGGGUGUCGGGGGUGUUACCAGGGAGGCGUUUGUGGGGAUUUGUUGGCAGUGAUUAUUUUAUACCUUUUUUUUUCUCUUCCACUUUUUGUGUCGAUUCUUGAGGUUGGAUGGUUCGUUGGGUUUAUGUGGAUUGGAUGGGAAAAACCCUGCUUGUUUGGUUUUGGUGUGGAUGAUGGAUGGAUGGAUGGUCUUGUUAACUCGUUGGUGUGUCUGUCCGUCUGCUUUGUUGAUCACGUCUAAUUAUCUACUACGUACUGUGCAUGGACUGGCGCCAAUUGAUUUGGGAAUAUUAACUAUGCAAUGAAAAUAGGAAUUAUAAAUAUCGAAU